AUGACCCAUAUCGGCACUGCAACUGCUAUCCUCAGUAUCGACAGUGUAACAUUCCUCACGGAUCCGUUCUUCUCGCCUGCCGGCACAGAAUGGGACGUGGGAGUCGCUGUACUCAAGAACAAAGACACCCCAGCGAUGGGCCUGGAAAAUCUCCCGCCUAUUGAUGCAAUUCUGCUGAGUCACGAAGACCACCCGGACAACCUGGACGAACUUGGCCGCCGUCUUCUCGAUGGCCGUCACGUCCUGACUACGGUCAACGGAGCUAAAAGCCUUGCACCUCGUCCGGGAGUCCGAGGUCUUAAGCCCUGGGAAACAGUCCCGCUUGUCCUCGGCGGAAAGAAGUUUCAAGUCACCGGUACCCCAUGCCAGCAUCUUCCUGGAGGGGAGUGUACGGGGUUUAUUCUGGAAGCGGAGGAAUUUGGUCUGAGUCCCGAUGGACGCCCUAAUGCGAUCUAUUUCUCUGGUGAUACGGUCUAUAUUGAGGAGUUGAGCAAGAUUCCAGAGAAGUGGCAUGUCGUUGUGGCGAUCAUGAAUUUUGGAAGUGCCCACGCCCCUCUUCCCAGUGGGUCGUUGCAGAUCACUAUGGAUGGGAAGCAGGGUGCCAACCUCUUUCGCCAGCUCAAAGCAGAUGUUUUGAUUCCGAUGCACUUUGAAUCGUGGGGUCAUUUUACGCAGCUGGGACCCGCGCUGAAACCAGUGUUGGACGGAGAAGGUGUGGGUGACAAGGUGUGCUGGCUUACUCCAGGGGAGUCCAAGAAAGUUCUCUGA